CAUGUUACCUGGUGCCAAGGUCAGCCCAGUUAAAAAGUGCUAAUCUGUUUUUUAAAUUUUUUCAAAAAUGAGAAUACCGGGAAAAGUAUUACGUGAGCUAACGAAACGUAAAUUGAAAAAUGUUUGUAGAAUAUGUAUCACUGGCAGAAAGUACAUGAGAAAUAUCUAUAAAACCAAAAUUCCUAAAAUGUUGAAAGCUUGUUAUUUUUCUGAGAUAACUGAAAAUGAUGAUUUACCAAAUAAAAUCUGUGAAUCAUGCAUUCUAUCAAUUACAAAAAUUUACAAUUUUAAGAAAAAUGUGGAGUACAAUGCCAGGGUACUAAGGGAAAUAGUACUCAAUGAACCUAAUAUAUUCAGCUACAACAGGAUUGUAGGAAAUGAUGAUAAUAAUGAAAACAUUGAUGUCACUUUAGAUAAAUCAUUAACUGAAAAUACAUACUGUAUAGAAGAAGCCUUACCAUCAUUUAUUAAUAAUCCCCCACCUGUCAUAUCCCGACAUUCAAAUAAACCAGAGUUUUUAACAUCACUAAGUCUAGAUUCGUUUCAAAUAUACACUGAAGAUGUUCCUCCCUUAAUACCAAUACAAGAUAAUAACAAAUCAGUGUCUACGGAUAGCGUAUUUCAAGAUCUACCCCAAGAUGCUCCUCCAUUGGUUCCUAUAAAGAAUCCUGACGUAAAGAAUUUGGUUAAUGUUUUACCAAACUUUGAAUAUAUGUGCUUCAUUUGUAGUGAAAAGUUUCAAGAUGUUACAGGUUUGAAGGAGCAUACGAUUAAAUGUAAAUCAAAAUAUUUUCAGUGUAGUGUUUGUCGGAAAAAAUUCAGUGAGAGGAAGAAACUUAUUAAUCAUCUAAAGGGCCAUAAAAUAAUUAAAGAUCAUAUAUGCAAGAUCUGUGGUAAAAAGUAUGCAAAUCCAAGUACUUUUCGUAUUCAUAGGAUGUCCCACACAGGUGAACGUCCAUUUAAAUGCACCAUUUGUAGUAAAGGUUUUGUGAGGUGGGCUGAAGUAAAGUUACACAUGAACACCCAUGAAGAUAAAAGACCAUUUUCAUGUGAUAUCUGCCAAAAAGCUUUCAAAAGUCGGUCUAACUUAGAACGACACAAAAGAAUCCAUCUUGGAAUUGAGCCCUAUGUUUGUACUUACUGCCCAAAAUCUUACAAACAAUUAGUAAAUCUAACAGCCCACAUCAGAACCUACCACACCAACGAACGCCCAUUUCUCUGUAACGUUUGCGGCAAAGGUUACAUCACAUCGUCUCGGUUAAACCGGCAUAUGUUGAGCCAUUCUGGAUACAAACAAUUCAAAUGUAAGGUGUGUCCGAAGUCUUACACCAACCGCACUGAUUUCCUCAGCCAUGAGUGCUACCAUCAAGGCAAAAACGUGGAUGAUUUGAAGAAGUAUUCUUGCGAUAAGUGUAGCUUGAAGUUUUUUUACCGGUGUAGGUUAAUAAAGCAUCAAAAAACACACGAGAAGACUCUGGAAGACAACAUUUGUAGUGAAGUGAUUAGUAGACAUUUAAUUUCAGAUCAUGGAAUUAGUUUAUCUACGGAAGACACGACAGUUAAUGACGAAGAAAUUGUUGUAGCCAAAAAUACUACAAUUUAUUCGAUAACAGAGUAAAAUUAGUAAUAAAAAAAUAAAACUAAAAA